CGGUCCCGUUUCCUCUUUGUGGGCUUAUCGCGCCCUGCAGGUAAGAAGAGCCCACCUGCUGAGGACAAAGUUGUGUUAACACACAUGAAGAUACUGAGCAAUGAAGGAAUUCAAAACCCAGGGUUAAUCCCAGAGGCUCCAGCUGACCCAGCCUGCACAGCAGAGUCCCAUCUUCCCGGUGCCAGUGUCCCCCCAGACGGCCUGGGAAGCCCAGGUGCAGCAGGUGCAGCAGGUGCAGCAGGUGCAGACUGUGUGGAUGGCUCAGCAAGCACUGACUGUGUAGCCACCCUGCCCGACCUCAGCGCCUUCGAGUCCAAGCUGCACAGAUUCUCCAAAUUUGAAUCUGAGGACUCGGGGGUCGAGCUGCCAAGCGGUGCUAAUUCUCCAUCAACGCCCACGGGCUCAGAGAAGAGCUUUGUGCUCCACAGCAGAGACUCAUUUUGUGACUCAGGUGUGCUCAGCUCCUCCUCUUCUCCAGAAAUUGACCAUCAGUUAAUGAGAACAUGUAAAGAACAUGUCAGAAAAGUUAGCCUCCAAGAUCCAGAGAGCAAAAAGCAAGCUGAUUACUACAGUCAGGAGGCAGAUGCUGUGCAGGAUCCUACAGUUUCCCUUGAAGGCUUCAAUGUCCCUCAGGAAGAAAGUGCUGAUGAACAUUUUGACCAGGGUGACAAGCAGCCUCUGGAAAAGGAGCCUAUCCCAGAGAUGGACCUUUCCAGGGAAAGCACUCCUUCCACCCCAGAUCUCACAGAAGAGCCAAAGACAAUUGCUGACAAUUUCCCGGAGAAUUUUGGCAGCAUGCAAGACCUUCAGAUCCAUGAGCAUCAGCUGAAGAAGUACCCCACCAGUGACAGUCUGGAUGAAUACAUGGAUGAAUGCUGUAGGCUGAGUGAGGUGAACCAGAGUAACAGCAAAGCCCUGGGAUCUGGUCUGGGAUACCUGGAACACAUCUGCCAACUGAUUGAGAAGAUUGGGCAGCUUCAGGAGCACAACCUGCGCCUCCAAAAACAAGUGUGCAGCUUGCAGAAAGAGCAGAAGAUGAGUCAGAUAAAAGAGGAAUACCUUGUGCAGCAUUGCUCCUGUGGAGCCAUCAGUAUCUUCCUUAACUCAUAUCAAGACAUGAAAACAAGUUUUGCUGGAAGGAGCAGACCUCACAGCCUCUUGGUUCAGACUGGAAACCCUUCUGACCUUUCCAUCAUCCCAGAAAUAGGAGCAAACACUGAGAAGCUGAGCAACUGCAAUGGAAGUGAGAGAUACCUGGAAUCAGGAAAGAGCCAGCUGAUGGUGGGGCUCAGGAAGUCAUCAAACAAUAGGAACAACAAGGAGAAUGAGUUCAGAGAAGCUGGGAGUAUGGCUGAGGGACAAGCUUUUCUGUCAAAGGACCCUGCAGUAAGAAAGGCUCUGGACGUCAGCAAGAACAUCUCGAGUGAGAGCCAUGCUUGGAGGAGAAUGAGAGAUCUUAUGAGGAAGACACGAUUGACAAACCAGAACAAGCUGGGGCUGUCCUCUGCUGCUCUGAAGAGGUCCUGCCCACAGUUGUAUAGGCCAGAUAUUAUGUCUUCAGAGCUGAGGAAAACUGAGAGGAACUCCAUGAUUGUUCUGGGACAAAAUACAAAGAACGAAAACUUGUGGCCUUUCUGAUAACCUGAGUCACGUGGAGCAAGGUAAGAAAGUCAAGGCAAGAACCGAAGGACACAAAAUCAAGAAUCCUGGGGUUGCUCUGUGCAAUCUACAUCCUACAAUUGUCAACAGAGCGACUCAGAGUUGAGUGUUGGAAGGGAAAGAAGGAAGGGGGAUGUUGAGAAGGGUCUGUGGGCAGAUACAUGCUCAGCUAUGUAUGGCUUUGCUCCUGAAUCUGAAGUGUACUUUAAAAAGUCAAGCUACAGAUGAAAAUUGCUGUUAGCAUCUUGGCAACACAACUAACAGGGACUUUUAAGAUUUGGAAAUUCUUCCGCUUCUCUGGGUUAACAACAGAAUUACCUGAAACACUGAAGCUUUUAAAAUAUCAUUACUUUCUGGGGACUUCCCCAGCUGAAAUAAACAUUAGCUUUACGGGACAUAGCAUCAUCUAGAGGAGUGCCAGAGACUCACUGCCCAGAGCAGAGGUGGCUGUUGAAAGGACAGCCUCCCCUCUGGGGAGGAGAGUUGCAGUCUCUGUCCCCAGCACAGUUCCUCCCUUCAGAGCAGCCUAUGGCCAGCUGUGCCAUUUCACUGGAAUCCAAGAGGAAAACAAAGUAUGUAAAGCUAAGGUCAUUCUGAAUUCACUACUAUCUUCCCAUCCUGUGGGCCUGCUGCUUCUGCAGAGGUCCCUGGACUCUGGUGCUACCCUGCACAGAAGCUGGCAUUGCACACACUCCUUGUAAAGACCAGAGUAAGCAGCACUGCAGGAAUCAGCCUUUCCACAGACUGGAGGGGGCAUCCAGGGCAGCCUCUGCCCCAAGCCCAGCCAUUCUGUAAUCCAUCUUUUUCUUUUUUGACGUGGGACAGGAUACCAGGCUUGAUUUCCCACUUCUGAGUUCCACUGAAGUGCUCUGUCUGUGCAGGUGGGGCAGUCUUGCUGCUGUAUGGCUCUGCCCACGCCCUCCCUACUGGGAAAAGGAAAGGAGAGCAAGGCUGCAAGGGACAGUGAUCCAAAUACAUCCUUUGCAAUGUGGGGCCCUUUUGGGAUACACUAACAACUGUGUAAGGCUGUGACUGUGUGUGGUGGCUGCCUUACUGCCAAAUGUCCAGUGCUCUCUGACUUGAGGAACAGGCAGUGCAUGCUUCUGAACAUCCCAUGGCUGCAGAGGUCUCUGCACACCACCUCUUUAUAGGUACUAGCAAAAUAAUUAAUACACAUGAAGCAAAUAUUUAAGUAAACUAACAUUGCCUUGAUAAAGGAUUGUUCUACCCCAUAAAUUAUAAUAAAAUUACAAGUCAAGCAAUUGCUGUUUAAAAAUCCCUCCCCACCCCCAGCUUGCCUGAGAACCAAGAUUUGACAAGCUGGCAAGAAUGAUCAGCUUCAGCAGGCUUAGUCUUUCAGCAACAGAUGCUUUCCCUUGCUGGAGCUGUUGGAGUCCUCCAAACCAGAGCAGGAUCUUUUCUGGGAUUUGGAGAUCUCAGCCAUGCCAGGGCUAGUACAGUUUGCAGGGAUGACUGAGGGCAGGGUUCAAGUACUCACAAGGAUUGCUACUGUUGUUGCCUAGCAUCUCAAAAAACCCUCACAAACACAAUGACCAAGCCCCACAACCCAAACCCCCAUUAAAAAGAAAAAAUAAAAAAAGGCUGUGCUGACUUCAAGGUUAGCACCCUAAAGCAGGUGCUGUGUGUAAUGUUUCUGUUGUAGCUGCUGCUGCAGGACUUGGUUAUUCACUGUAUAUCUUGCUAGCUUCAGCCAAAGCUAGAAAGAUUUAUGACUUGAUUAUUCUAUGAAUAUUCUGUAUAUCUCCAUAAAUACAGGGGAUAAAAAUCCUGCAUUACUUACAUCCUUCAUUAUCCCUCCAAGUUUUUUUACAGAGACUGUACAGAAUGUGAAUCAGUGUAAACUGAAUUUAAAGUGUUUUAAGACAUAGCAUCAUGAACUGGUAUUUUCUACAACCCUCUUUAUUCAUGGUAUAAGUUUGUUGGGUGUUUUGUUUGUUUGUUUUUAAUUAAGAUACACUAGCACUCUUCUUUAUUAUAGCAUUAUAUUAAAUAAAUUCAUGUAUUUUCAGAAGUUAAUGUAUUUAUAAUGUGUAACAUACUGUAUAGUUCUCCACUCCAGGAUCCAUUGUAAUCCAAGCAUAAGAAAUUUAAUAAAAGUAUCACUAUUAUGAUAAUUGUUUUCUGAUAUUUUAUUAAUGAAUGCCUGGCUUGUAGUAUAGCAACUGCCACACCUUCAGGGUGUCAGGUGAGCAUAGCUAGGCAAGAGAGGAAUUGUUACCUCCAAGCUUUUAAAGAACAUCUUUAGCUUUGUCAAAGAAGCAAGUUUGGUCUUCGGAAGGAGGUGCUGUUCUCAAAGAUGUAGAGAAUAAGGAGAGCCUUUUGAAAGUUCAGGUAUGACAAAACAGGUUAAUUUUGAGCAGCCUUCUACUAGGUGCUGCUGCUGGGCUUUGCUUCCACAGACAGGCAGCACACACAGCACUUACAAGAAAAAUCAAUGAGGACAGUGGGACAAAGUGUGCUGAUGCUCAGCACUGGGGCUUCUUUCUGAAAAUCUGGAUUCAGUAGCAGCACCACACAACAGCCUCAAAUAACAGACCUUAGCUGCUCUUCCUCAGCCCUGAUUCCCAGCCAGCAGCACCCUCCUGGACAGAGCAGCUUCCUCUCCCCUGCAGGUGUCUAAGCCACUGUGUACAGCACCCCCAACAGCUUUAACUGAGCUGUAUAACCAGGUGAGACAGAGGGAAGCUAAACAGGGGCUGACACAAAGUCACACACAGCUAUUCAAAAGAAAGAAAUGGUGAAAAGUCAGUGAAACUCAACUGAAGAGAGGCCUAGAAAAACAGUAAGCCAGAAGUGCAUCUGUGAUGGUGGAAAGAACACACUCUUUGCAGGAGCAAAUAUUGCAUAACAGGAGUCAUGAGAGCUACUAACACCCAGUGGCACUGGAGAACAGUGAAUGCAACAGAGGAGGAAACCUCCAGGUUAUCUUUCACCAGUGCUUCACAAGAGCAACUCUCAUCUCACUGCUGCUCACAGCCCUCCUGCCAGCUGGGGACCAAGAGCGAGCCUUAAACACAGAAGGCUCCCCAGACUGGAUAAGAGAAUUAAGUUUAUUUCUUUGCUCACCACCUCCACUUAGCACUGCAUGUACCCUACACUAAGCAUCAUACCAGCCUCCUACACAGAGCUCUGCACCAAAAGAGGCAGUCCCUGCAGGGGAAUCUAUGCAAUUCCCAUAGGAUACACACCCAGAGCUCCCUGCCACUUGGGAUGGCUCAGUAACCCCACAAAGGGCAGCAGGGACUUGACUCUCACAGCCACUUCAGCGUCCACACAGUCACCUAAGCCAAUAUUUCUGUCUCCCUUACUGAGGCAUAGGAAGGCUCCAGUAGCAGACAGGAGGUGUUUAGGUCUUGGCUUACGCACACACAAUUAAGAACAGUGCCAGAGCACCCUGCCUGGUGCACUGAGAAUGCGUGUUUAAUAUUACUCCUCUAAUUGCCCAGUUAAUUAACAUUACGGACUGCUACUAAAGAUUUGUCAUGAGGCACAUGAUGAGUUUACACUCAGCUUUCCCAGACAGAGCUCCACCUGUACCAAGGUCAUUAGUUGCCAGAGGCCUGCUCAAAAGGAGGAGGCUGUUUCACCUAUAUUCAGGUGAUGUUUUUUUCCAGCCUGCAAUCUCUUUCUCCCUCCCACCAUACAACUUGGAACUUUUCUUCUGCUUAGACUUUUGACAGCAUGCAAGAUGAAGAUCACUGGUUAUCCUGACAGUAGCAGGGAAAAGCAUUUCUACUAGAAAAAUAAAAACAUAAGAUUACUCCUGAAGUUUCUUGGAAGAGGAAAGGAACUGAAACCACUCGUCAACACCCUCCAAUCACAGAGUAUCAGCAGAACCUAAUUAAAAAGAACAACAUCUGCUGCCUCAAGCAAGUGACUGAUCAGUUCUUUGCUUCCAUGUCUAAGUGCUGCUACUCCCUUUUAAAGGCCCCAAAGCAAUACAAUUAAGACUUCUCUCCUGCCCCUAACAGGAAGAAUUUCUAAUCAAGCCUUAGAGGAAAAAAGAGAAUAGCAUUUUUCCUUCCCCUCAAGGACUGCCCCAUCAGCUACAAGCAGAUGUCAGUGUAAGUGCAAGCACAGAGCUCCCCCAGGCUGGCAGGAAGGAGGGGGUGGAGCCCCAUUUCCCCUCUACAGCUGCAGAGUUGUGCUGUACUCUAUCACCCAGGACCUCAGAAAGCAAGGAGGGGUGCUGCCCAGCUGCUGGGGCUGGCUACACCACACUGAACUGCUCCUGAUGCUCAAAAUGUAAAGUUUUAUUUCUCAUCUAAAAGAAAUAAGUUUAAAAAUUAAGAAAAAUACUUUCAUGCCGACAGUGAUGUCAAAUUAGCUUCAAUCCAAGACCUUUGAAGACUCCUAACUGCCUGCUGUCACAUGAAGGCUUAAGACUAAGCUCUAAGUACUGUUUGAUUUUUUUUUUUCCCUAAAGUUCAA